UUGAAAAAAGUUGUAGGGUCCCUCUAUAAUUAGAGCCAAAUCGCCCGCUACAUUGCAUCUCAGACGAUCGCUUCUCUCUCUAGUAAUCUCUUCCCAGCACCAGUGACCAGACGACCCACUGCCGACAAUGGCUUCUGCAGACGUGAGCAAGAUUCUUCCUAAACCUUUGGAUUCGUCUUCGCCACAGCCUCCCCUCUUUGAUGGAACUACAAGGUUGUAUACCAAUUACUCGUGCCCGUAUGCACAGCGAACUUGGAUAAUCAGAGACUACAAAGGGUUGCAAGAGAAAAUUGAGUUGGUUCCUCUAAACCUCCAAGACAGACCUGCUUGGUACAAGGAGAAAGUGUACCCUGUCAAUAAGGUGCCAGCAUUGGAACACAAUGGAAAAGUCAUUGGAGAGAGUAUAGAUUUGCUGAAAUACAUUGACAGCAAUUUUGAAGGACCUAAGCUCUUCCCUGAGGAUCCUGCGAAGAAAGAGUUUGGGGAAGAGCUGUUAUCCUACACUGAUAAAAUAAACAAAGAUGUGUUCACUGCAUUCAGGGGAGACCCAGUAAAAGAAUCUGCUGCUUCUUUCGAUUACUUGGAAAAUGCUCUUCACAAAUUUGAGGAUGGUCCAUUCUUCCUUGGCCAAUUGAGUCUGGUGGAUAUAGCCUACAUAACAUUUGUGGAGAGAUUUGACAUCGUGCUUAGAACCGUAUUCGAUUAUGAUUUUACUUCUGGGAGGCCUAAACUUGGUGUGUGGUUCGAGGAGUUGAACAAGAUCGAUGUCUACAAGGCAACAAAGAUUGAUCCAAAAGAGUUCCUUGAAUUUUAUGAGAAGAGGCUCAAGGCAUGAGUGUCCUAGGGAAGUUCUGAUUUUCUCAUAUGACCAUCUUUGAUAUCCAUUGCAGAUGUUGUGCUCAAGUAGUGUGUUUUAAAAGCUCUUGUUUAUGUUCAAUCGGGGCUUCAUAUCAAUCAUAAAUAAAAUCAUUAUAAGCAUAAAUAAAAUCAUUAUAAGCAUAAAUAUGUAUGCAAAAAAAUAUAAUUUGUGGUUUUGUUUUGUAAGUUACCCUAAUAUAUAGUUAUCUAGUAAAAGUAAGUUUUUGGACUGUAAA